AUGACGCACAGCCCAACCGUAAAACAUUUUUUACCGCUUCCUAUUCCGCAGGAGAUCCGAAAUGAGGUGGCUACUUAUCUCGAUCCUUUCUCUCUUGCAAACGCUAUUCGAAGUGGAAGAUUGCCUUAUGAUUUAACUUCACGUGCCCUGUUUGGGGGCAUUUGGACUUUGUUAUUAUCUAUGAAAGGUGUAGAAGAGCUUAAGAAUGGACUUACAGAAUGGGGAAAUGCUAUUCUAAUUGGCAGUGACCUAGACCGCGUGUAUAAUCUUUGUCUCAAUAGCGAUAACCAUCCGCCUUGUACUCCGACGCACAUUAUUCUAACAUGGUUGGAUGCCGAAGCGAGUAUAAGCAUAAGAGAGGGAAGGUUCAAGAUGCCAGAAUACAAUGUCAUCUUAUGGAUCAAGAAGCCGGAUAUGCUAUUCGACGCUAAUGGAAUUACCGUUGACAGUUUUAAUAACUUUAUUGAUAACAAUCGCCAAACGAAGGUAUUAUAUUUUAAAGACAAUAAAUACACAAUUCGCCUUGCUGAUAUGCGGCCUAGAGAGCGGAAUCACACACGGCCUGUUCAAUUCCAACUUUGGUUUAAUUUAGAAAUCCCUUACUCUACAUUAUGCCUUCAAUCUUGGCAGAGGCCAAGGUGUAUACCAUCAUUACCAGUGAAAUAG